CUUUUGCUUCUUGGAUUUGUCAAGUGUUUGAAGGCUGUCAAUAAAACAAUAGACCUUUACUAAGCCCUCCAGUGAGUCUUAAGGUUUAGAUGGAGAGGAAACAUCCCAGGAACUACCCGGAUCAGGAGCCACCUUACUGUAGGGAAUGUGCGGAGGCUACAGUUCAGAUGGAAGCCAACGUGGGAUCCUCGGACUGCACAGACCCAGCCUUGCAGUGUGACUCCACACGGUCUCUAAGGGUGCUUGCACCUGUCUGCUGGCUUGCUGUACAGAAAGCUGGUGAGCGUGAGGGAGGGGGCUGCUGGAGUCUGGGCUGCAGCCGGGUAGCAGAGCCGGUGUGAGCUGCGCUGGGAACUGCGGUGCUGCGAGAGGGGAGCGGGGCAGCUGGAGCGGAGCGCGUCACGGGAGCGAAGAGACGCUGCACGGCCCUAUAGGCGGAGACGCUCUGGCUCCAGCGGGAGCAGAGGUAUAAAAGUGCUGCGAGCCGGGCGAGCGCCACCGAGGACCGAGGUGGGUGGCAGUCGGCACCAUCAGGCUCCCUUGGCGUUUCGGAGUUUUCUCUGUGGUCCCGACUCUCCGGAGGAUCUCGGUUGUCUCCCAAGUCGGAACCUGGCACGGUCCAGGUUCACUCGGAGGUCCGGGCUUCCUCUGUGCCCCGUGCCCCUCGCUCCCAGGCUCCCUCUGUGGUGUGGACUCCUCUAGCCCGGUGCGCUCAGCCCCUCGCACCCAGCCUCCAGGCACAGAGCCCGGCAGGGAGCUCAGCCCUUGUGCCUAGAGCUGCAGUGGCUGGACAUGAAGGUUCCUCCUGUCCUGCUUCUCUUUCUUCUGUCCUCAGUGCGAGCUACUGAGCAACCGCAGGUCGUCACUGAGCAUCCCAGCAUGGAGGCAGCCCUGACCGGGCCCAACGCCUCCUCGCACUUCUGGGCCAACUACACUUUCUCUGACUGGCAGAACUUCGUGGGCAGGAGACGUUAUGGGGCCGAGUCCCAGAACCCCACGGUGAAAGCACUGCUCAUCGUGGCCUACUCAUUCACCAUCGUCUUCUCGCUCUUCGGUAAUGUCCUGGUCUGUCAUGUCAUCUUCAAGAACCAGCGCAUGCACUCGGCCACCAGCCUCUUCAUUGUCAACCUGGCAGUGGCGGACAUCAUGAUCACAUUGCUCAACACGCCCUUCACUUUGGUCCGCUUUGUGAACAGCACAUGGGUGUUUGGGAAGGGCAUGUGUCAUGUCAGUCGCUUUGCUCAGUACUGUUCUCUACAUGUCUCAGCACUGACUCUGACAGCUAUCGCAGUGGACCGCCACCAGGGUCUGGAACUACAGAAGAUGGUCAGGCCUCGAGGAGAUGGGGGCGAGCUCAGGUCCCCUUCUGUCACCUUUGUACCCUCCUCACUCUGCCCUGCUCUUUUCACUUGCAAGAGGCCUUGGGACUUCCAGGAGUCACAGAGUCUACAUGACACCCUCUUCCCACCCCUGGAGGUCAUCAUGCAUCCACUGAAGCCUCGGAUCUCCAUCACCAAGGGUGUCAUAUAUAUUGCUGUCAUCUGGGUCAUGGCUACCUUCUUCUCUCUGCCACAUGCCAUCUGCCAGAAACUGUUUACCUUCAAGUACAGUGAGGACAUUGUGCGCUCCCUCUGCCUGCCGGACUUCCCGGAGCCAGCUGACCUCUUCUGGAAGUAUCUGGACCUGGCCACCUUCAUCCUGCUCUACCUACUUCCACUCUUCAUUAUCUCAGUGGCCUAUGCUCGUGUGGCCAAGAAGCUGUGGCUCUGUAACACCAUUGGCGACGUGACCACAGAGCAGUACCUCGCCCUGCGACGCAAGAAGAAGACCACCGUGAAGAUGCUGGUGCUUGUGGUAGUCCUCUUUGCCCUCUGCUGGUUCCCUCUCAACUGCUAUGUCCUCCUCUUGUCCAGCAAGGCCAUCCACACCAACAAUGCCCUCUACUUUGCCUUCCACUGGUUUGCCAUGAGCAGUACUUGUUAUAACCCCUUCAUCUACUGCUGGCUCAAUGAGAACUUUAGGGUUGAGCUUAAGGCAUUGCUGAGCAUGUGCCAAAGGCCACCCAAGCCGCAGGAAGACAGGCUACCCUCCCCAGUUCCUUCCUUCAGGGUGGCAUGGACAGAGAAGAGCCAUGGUCGGAGGGCUCCACUACCUAAUCACCACUUGCCCUCUUCCCAGAUCCAGUCUGGGAAGACAGAUCUGUCAUCUGUGGAACCCGUUGUGGCCAUGAGUUAGGGAAAGCUGGAAGUUGGUGGGGGAGGGUUCUUUCCUCUCACAAUUGACCAGACACUAACAGAGUUGGAAAGUAACACAGAAGCAGUGAGAUGCUUGGGUUCCUAGGAACCUGUCCAGCCCCAUCUGAUUUGCAAACUUUCUAGAAGAUGCCAUGAGGUGGUGUGUGUAGAUCUUUGAGCAAGAGCUCUGGAAACCACCUCAGCUUCAACAGAGGCUGGUCCAGUCAACCACCUCCAAUUGUGUAGCAUCUGCCACCUUGCCCUUCCUACUGCUGAGCAACCACAGGGGGACUUGAGCCAUACUAUUGGUGGGCCUGCCCCACAUGCUCAGAAAAGAACAGGCACAAAGGCUUUCUGAAGUCAUUGGAACAGGAAUAAUCACACAGCUUCAGUGACCUUGGCUCUAUCCAUGACCAGACAGGACCCAUUUUGGCUUCUUAAAAACAAAGAGAAAUUAGUAUUGCCACUUUGAAAAGUUCAGAAAAGUAAAGAAAUGAGUUCAGCCCUCAAUUUGUAAAAAAAGGAAAAAAGAAAAAAAAAAGAAAAAGAAAGAAAAAAGCCUGUUAAUAUGCUGUAAAUUUAUCUGUAGCUUUGCCUUCUGUGUGUGUACAUUUGUACUUUUAAAAUCCUGAACUACACGUGUCCAUGUAGAUUGUAAUAAUUAGCAAGAAACUGGAAUAUAUCAGAGUAUUAUUGAAUUCCUCCGUAAUGAAUGGGGCCCCUCAGUAAAUGAGAAUAGAAGGGAGAGGAGAGGAGAGCAAGGUGAGGGUCAACUCUGUCUUGUAACUAGCGAUGGGUGGGGCCUAGCCCCACCCUAAGUGGUUACUACCAAGAUGAGCAGCACACAGGAGAGCUGGGUGGUAGGAGCCCUUCCCCUGACCUCCAGAAACAAGAAGGGGUGAACCACUGUUCCUUUUUAAUGGACAAUGAGAGCCUUGCUUUCCAAUAAGCUGGAAAUAAUUGUGCUUAGACACCUCAUCUGCCCAAGCUGUCUAGACAGGGCAUUUUUCUGUUGUCUGAAUGAUGAAAAAAAAUUUUUCACACCAGUUCCUGAGAGAAGAUUUCCCUGUCUACAUCACUUGAGAAAUUCAUGUGUCAUUUUUUCAAAACUUACCGGCUUCUUAAAGCAACUUUAGGCCUUAAGGGCCCCUUUGUCAGAGAAAUCUCAUUCCAGGUAGCCAGCAAUUUCAUCACCUUCCAUAUGGUAUUGCUGACUCGCAGCAUCACCCAUUGACAGAUGUGUCAGGCAGAACCGACUCUACACCCAAGCCCAGAGCGGUGGCUGCCAUUGUACUAGCUUCAGAUUCCCAUCUCCUCACAGAGCUGUCAUGGAGACAAAGCGUCUUUGUGGAGCUGAGAGGGAAACUGAGGCUUGAGGGAAAAGAGGCUCAUCCAAGACUCAUUUAGAACUCUCAGUUGGUAACUGAAGCACCAAUUGGUUAAGCCUGAUUUGGUAACAAACCUAGGGGUUUUCUUAAACUAAUCAAUCCAUGGGAGUGUUAGAAAAUUUCCAAAAUUAAAAAAAGUCAUCUACAGAACAGCAGAUUUUUAAAGAAAAAUGUCUUGGUGAGGGUAGAAGGAGAUUUCCAAAUAUAAAGUGAGUUUUUGAGGCCACAGCUUCUGCAACUGUCCUGAUCUCUGUAAUGUCAGCUGGUACCUGUGAGUUGCAUCUUUCCUAUGGCCAAGGAGAGUCAGCCUGAGGACAGGUAGCUGCAGCACACAGUGUGUCUUCCCCAGAGAACUGUGGAAAGAGCUUCAGUCACACCUCCCUAAGGAGAGCUGAAGAUAGUGCCCUGUCACAGAGUAGGCCCUCAGGGCCGCAUCUCCUGUUGGUCCCUGUCUGCUCCCUUCCCCAUAUUCUCUGUAUGCAUCUGAGCAGAUGUAACUGGUAACAGUGACUGUGGUCUUUGUGAAGCCUGAGUUUUUCCAAUAUGCUCUAAAGUGUGCUUUAUUGUAAGUCACUGUAAGCGCAAUAAAACCUCUUCUCUGUG